AGGUCACGGGAACUGUGCGCUUUUGUUUGCGAUCGGUAGGUGUGUAUGUAUGGUAGGAGUCUCUCGCGUUUUAACAUUUGCGAAAAUGGCAGAUAAAGUACCCAAAAUUAAAUUCAACAACGGUCAACUCUUCCCCGUAUUUGGUUUGGGCACCUGGAAAUCCAAACCAGGUGAAGUGACUCAAGCGGUAAAAGAUGCCAUCGAUGUGGGAUACCGUCAUAUCGAUUGCGCUCACGUCUACGGUAACGAGGCUGAAGUCGGGGAAGCCAUCAAAGCGAAAGUCGCCGAUGGUACAGUUAAACGGGAAGAUCUGUACAUUACCAGCAAAUUGUGGAACACCAUGCAUAAACCGGACCUGGUCGAGCCAGCCAUCAAGACCACUUUGAAGAAUUUGGGGCUCACAUAUUUAGAUCUUUAUCUAAUUCACUGGCCUUUUGCUUUAAAGGAAGGUGGGGAUCUGUUUCCCGUGGAUGCGAAUGGCAAAACAGCCUACAGUGAUGUCGACUACUUGGACACUUGGAAGGCGAUGGAACAUUUGGUUGCCAAGGGUUUGACCAAGUCAAUUGGUGUCUCGAACUUCAACAAACGGCAGUUGGAACGUUUGCUUGCCGUUGCGAAAAUCGUUCCGGCAACGAAUCAGAUUGAAGUGCAUCCUUAUUUGAACCAAAAGAAGUUGAUCGAUUAUUGCAAAUCGAAGGGUAUCGUCGUGACUGCGUACAGUCCCCUAGGUUCGCCGGACAGGCCCUGGGCCAAGCCCGACGAUCCCCAGCUUUUGGACGACCCGCAAAUCAAAGCCAUCGCCAAAAAAUACGGCAAGUCGCCCGCUCAGGUGGUCAUUAAGUACGGUAUUCAAAGGGACCUGAUCGUCAUUCCAAAAUCCGUCAACAAAGCCAGAAUUCAGCAAAACUUCGACAUAUGGGACUUUAAAUUGUCCCCAGAGGAUAUCGCCCAUCUAGAUACAUUCGAUUGCAACGGAAGGAUCUGUCCCUACGAAGAUGCCUACACUCAUAAAGACCACCCCUUCAUUAAGGAUGAAUACUGAGAUGUUUUUGUUUGAUGGGAAGCUCCACAAACAGAAAAACACGCGGCACCAAAAUCAAAUUUGUUUUUUCUUUUGUAUCUACUUUAUUUAGGUUUCAGAGUGUUACAGAUGUGUUCCUAAUAAACUGUUAUUGAUA